AUGCCGAGAGACACAACGCCACUCCUCGCCGCCGCCGGCAGUCUCCCUGGGUCCAACGUCUUACACGAUCAUCCCGCGUUUCUUCGAGCCAGCCACUCGCCAUGGGAGUGCAUUCCACAGACCUAUCUCGUCAGACUUCGCGCCCUUGUCCUUACCUUCCUCACCGGGUCUGGUAUCAUGGCAUUUUACUACAAAUUCACCGAGUUUCGUGAUCACCCGAUCUGGUAUCUCUUGUUCCACUUUGGCUCGCUGAGCUUUGUCCUCAGCCUCAUCUGGCACCUAAUCACAUUUGCCUGGACAUUUACCCACCUGUACUACCCGGAACUCGAGGGGCUUGACGGAGGCAUCGAAUCUUUAAUUGUUCGCGCCAUGUCUCUACCUUCGAAUAUGGGCAGUCCCCGGAAGCAAUUCCGUUUCACCAUGUUUUACUCGACAACGACGGUGUUUUCAUUUAUGAACGCCAUUGCAUAUUGGUUUGUGACACGGCAGCACAACCCAGAUGCCACAACUACUGACGGACCUUUCACGGAUCUGUUUGGCGUAGGCUGGUUUAAGGCCUUUGCUAUGUUUAGCUUGUAUACGACGCCGGCCCUUGUGAUGAUUAUCGAGACAAUGUUCUUCAACAGCAUCAAGCGACCACAGGCUCUUGGUGCUCAUUUCAUCGGACUGGUUGUUCUUUCUGGGCUGUACCUAGGCUGGGCAAGUCUUGGCGGCCACCUCACCGGUUGCUACCCAUUCUACUGGCUCAACCCCGACCAUGUUGGAUCAAAGGAGGCUGUCGCUGCAUACUGCAUCGGCUUCAUUGGACUUGCCCCACUGAUGUUUGUGCUGAAGCAGGGCUUUAUUGGUCUGCGCGAGGGCUUGACUAAUGCACCAGCGAGAAUGAGAGAGGUGGUUCGGGAGACGUUUGUGGACAACUAA